AUGUCUACUCUACACCUUCGACCCCUCCAGCCUCGCGUACAUGCUGCAGAUGGAUUGAUAGUUCAAGGUACGGACACCAGAGGUUCGAAACAAGACACUGCUGUUCGACAGCAUCAACCGCUUGCAAAGAAUGUCAGCGUCGCCGGACCAAGUGCAAUUCCGAAAAUCCGUGCUACGAGUGCACAAGACAAUAUUCCUGGACAGUUUUGUUGA